CCCACUAGUAGUCUAUGUUAUUGCGGCGGUAAAAAACCAAACACAAUAACUGCCAAAAUGCAACGCUUCAUCUGUGCUUUCUUCUCGGUGCUGGCACUUGCGCACGCCCUUCCUUAUGGCGGUUAUGGCAGUUAUGGCGCGCCAGCUGCAGCACCCGCUCCAUCUUAUACCAGCGGCGAUGUAAUUGUGUCGCAGGACCCCGCAGUCUUAUACAACAUUCCUGCACCAUCUGCUUGGAAUCUAUCGCCAGCUGCAGCAGCAGGUCCAGUGCUAAUCCCAGUUGAUGCUAAAACUAUUUCAGGACCUGGUAAGGCAUCAUCAUUGAUUGGCAUCUCAUCGCGUCCAAGUGCUAUUGCUGCUGCGGCUUCUGCUAAUGUGCCUUUGAAUGCUGGUUCCUACAAGCUAUUGAUUGUACCCUCCUAUGAAGUUCCCAAUAUUGUGGGACCUGAACCUGCUGUGCCCAAGUCGCCCGCUGGUGUUGGUGCUGGUGGUAGUGGCGCUCACGGUAGUCGCGCUCACGGUUAUGGCGGUCAGGGCUAUAGCGCUCCGGCUAGUCAAGUGGUCAGUUAUUAAUUGCUUUAAUAUUGGCUACAAACAUCUCAAAUGUAAGGAAGCAAAAUUACUGUUAAAUACAUGAGCUCCAAGAGCAAAUUCCUUAAUUAAUUAA